CGCUAUACACAGCAGGUGCGCGCUUAGCAACCAAUCAGCGGGGAGCUUGCUGGCCUCAAUUAACCAUAAGCGUGACGAACCAAACUUGUGUGCUCGGGGACCCUGUAAAAAGGAUAUUUUGUGUAUUCGACCCCACUAAUGGCGAUGGGGGGACACAUCUUGGACCUAACAGAUGCCUACUCUUCAGCAUGCUUCCGUGAUGUGAUGGGAUUUGAAGUUUAGAUAAUUUUUUGGAGGAUACAUAAAAACAUCAAAAAUGGCAGAUGAGUUUGAUGCGGCUGGAUGGGCGCAAAUCCACCAUGCCGCUCAGCGUGGUUUCACCAAAUCCAUCACAUUUUUCCUGUCGGAUGAUGCCAGCCUGAUGGAGCUGGAAACGACGGAUGAACUACACCUCACACCAUUCCUGUGUGCGGUAGACGGUGGGAAAGAAGAUUCCAUUAAACUUUUAAUGGAACAAGGGGCCAAUGUGGAGGCUUUAAGUGCUUUGAACCAUGGUGCUAUUGAAAUCUGUGCCAACAAGUUCUACAUCGAACUUCUGGAAUAUUUCAUGAACCUUGAUGACCCACGGAUUCCGGUUUGGAAACACCUACUACGGUACGUGUCAUCAGAGGCCGAUGAGGAGGCGGAAGCCGCAGGGAAAUGUCUGCGAACUUUGACCCAGGGAAGUGAGGAAGGAGGUAUAAAUCCGAACUGGGAGCAGUUCUAUAAACACGGAGGAAUACCGACUAUUGUUAAGGUUGCCAAGGGAAGCAGUAUCGCUGAUGAGGCAAAGAUCCCAGCAUUUCAGACUCUGCUAAAUGUUAUCGAAAAGCAUGAAGUGAAGGAGCAAGUUAUCAGCUCGGGCGGUGUUCCUACUUUUAUCAAACUUCUCAAAUCACCAUGCAAUCAUGUUAUUCAACUUUCUGCCGAAAUUCUCAAAGAAAUGGCAACAGAGAAGCAAUACGCUGAUGUUGAGUCACAGAACAACGCGAUUCAGACGCUGGUGAAAGUGAUGCAGACAGUUCGUGAUGAGGAAGUGCUUGUCCAGGUGUUGGAAUGUCUUGGAAAUAUCGCAGAGGCGAAUACAAAAUUAAAAUCGCAGGUCGGAACAUGUCCGGGAUGUAUUCCAACUAUCGUGGGGUUAUUUGAAAACCAAAAGGACAGAAACCUUCUUCACUCUCUCGCUCGAGUUGUCGGUAAGAUAGCAGAUAAGGAUGAAGUAAAUCAAAACAGCUUCCAGGAAAAUGGAGUCACACCUCAUAUUGUUGUUCUCACUGCGACACGGAAUCGUGAGAUCCAAGUUUCUGCUGUUGAGGCGAUCAGUAAAGUGGCGGACAACAAUAAAAAGACACAAAAGGCUAUUCUGGCAGAUAAUGUUCAGGAACACCUUCUCCGACUCCUCAAAAAUACACGGGCAAAAAUAGUAUUAGAAAAAACGGCACUGGCCUUGUGGUCUCUAGCAGGUUCAGACUUUGACAUUAGGCGAUAUAUGGCGGAACGAAUGGAAGUCAAUCUGAUGAUCGAAUUUGUUAACUCAUUGUCGGAAAACUUACAGUAUAUUGGAGCAGAGGGAUUGAGUGUUUUAGCUCAAGGUCCUCUGACUUACCAGUCGGAGAUUGCACGGCUAAACGGAAUCGCUCCGCUUGGCCGGCUGAUUCAGAGCAACCAGGAGUAUAUCAUCUUAAGUGUUGUACGAUCUAUACGACAUCUUUGUGUAGGCGUUGCUUAUGUCCCACACAAACCCAAUCAAAAUACCAUCCUUCAGUUCCGUGGCAUUAAGUACCUCGUGGCUCUCAUGGUGCAUUCGGAGAAUGAGAAUAUUCAGGUGGAAUCGGCUCUCACCCUCGGCUGUGUCUCCAUGUGUAACCAGGCGGCGCUUGAUGAUAUCUACCAGAACAUAGACUUUAGCUAUGUAAGAAUUGUGAAGAUGAUGUACUCUAGUAUACCGGAGGUCCGGCUGCUGGCUGGAUCGGCCUUGGCUGCCUUCGCAUAUAACAAUAUCAACCAACAAAAACGCAUAGCCGACCAGGGGGGCGUACGCUUCAACUGUUUUGUGCCAUUUUUACAAUCAGAUGAUGAAUUCUUCAGGUGCAAUGCAGCUUUCCAGGUUGUCGUUUUGUCUAAAAUUAUUCCUGAUGAGGAGCAAGCUUUAUCCUCAGCAGCCGGAAUCAAACUGCUCAUUGACCUGCUACAGGAUUCUACGUCUAACGAGACUUUGGCUCUGGCUACAGACUGUGUAGCACGUCUAGGACACACCCGGGCAGGUGUCCCCUCGGCUAUGGUGUCCAUCCAUGCUGUAGAACAUUUGUGUAGCCUUCUGCAGCACAAGGCCGAGCAGGUCCGGGGUAACGCCGCCAUCGCGCUUGGUUAUCUCUCGUACAACCACUCAGCUGAGAGGCAACUCCUUAACAGGUGUCGCUCCAGUCCCUACCUGAUCCGGGUCCUUCUGUAUUAUACAAAACAGAGCAAGAUAAGCCCUGCCUUCCUGGAGAGUUGGAAACACUACAAGAAAAUCGGCCUUCCAUCAAUCCCUGAGGGUAGACCAAGCCUUAUUGGAUUCAAGCCUGAAGGCAUCAACGAGAACCGUCCAAUCACAAUGCUCAGCCUGGACGAAUCAAACGCCAAUACGAGAAGUUUAUCGAACCUAAUGGCCGACGAUGGAGGAGUCACAGGGCGCUCGUCAAGAAUGACCAACACUGCAGCCACGCCGCGAAUGUCCAACACGCCCCUACAGCCAAUCGACACCAACCUUAGUGCCAGUCAGAUAUCUCUUGACUCCCAGAAAUCCAGUAACUCUCUUAUGCAACAGGAAGUGCUGGCUGCUGAAUAAUAAUCUUUUUUUUAUAGGAGAACAUUUUCAUGAGUAUCUUUAGUCAAGAACUUUAUCUAGAUCUCGAAAAUAAAAAAAUUGCGAUAUCCACAGAAAUUUCAUUUCCAUGUAAAGUAAUUCGUGAAUGAUACGGUGUUAAAUUUAACUGUUAUGGUGUGUGAAAAAUCAAUAUUUUGGGUGUUAAUGUUUUAUAAGAUACAAAGUUGCAUUAUAUCAAUGAAAUUAAUUAACUUACAGUCACCAAAGACAUGAUCAGUUAAUCGGUUUAUUUACUCCUAAAAAUACAAACAAGACUAUUUAAGAAAAUGUUCUGUCUAAACCGUAUAUAUCUGGUUAUUCUAUGAAGUCAAGGUCAUUAUGAUAUAAUAUACAUCUAUUUGUGGCAUAUUGGAAGAAUUUACUAUGAUCCCAGAGUUUCUGCCAGGAAAAAUCAUUUUCAUUCAUUUUUUUGGCCGAAACUAUUGUUUUUGACAUUCCGUCAAUCUGUUUAUUUUAAAUGUUUAUUUACUAUGAUAAUUUGAAUCUGCUGUUAUCAUUGUGUAUUUCUUUUUUACGGUAUACAAUAAUCACCUGAAUGAAUUAUUUACUCUAAUGAAGGCAGACAUCCACUGAGUCUGCCAAACACGAGUUGUCGAUCAUGUUGAAAAUUGUAUAAGCUACUUCAUUCCCUAAAGGUUAAUUACCAGUAUCUUGUAUCACAGGGACUUGGCAUAAUACAAACUCCAAACCAACAGGUUCAUAUAUAUGUAUUAUCAUGGGCAGUUAGUUGUGAAUUUGUGCCAAAGUCCUGUACAAGUGUUUUGUAUAAUAAUGACUUUUUAUCAGAAAAAAUAAAGACCUUUUAAUUUAGAUUAAACUUUAUGAAAUAAUUAAAAUGUUAUUGAAAGGGAAAAUAUCAGACUUUAGAUUCAACUUAAUGAAAUAAUUAUAAUGAUAUUUAAAGGGGAAAAAAAUCAUGAUCGAAAUGCAAGGUCAUCUUUCAGAAAACAAAUGCAAUAAAAUUCAUUGAAUAAUAUUUGUUUAAAGGGAGACAACUUCUAGUGUUUUUUUUUUAAACAUUUAUAACUGCAUUUGUAGUUGUCUGGAGAUACAGGGUUCACCUGUAAAAAACAGGGCAUUUAUUAUAGAUUUUUUUGAAAAAUAGCUGCCUGCUUAUCAUUUUAAACUAAAUCAUAUACAAAUGUUCAUGUAUGUUAAAAAAAGAUGUAAAUCUUCAUUUUUCAUAUCUAAGAAAUUUUAAACAAAAUGGCAAUCCAUUCUUCUAUAUGUAGUUCCAUAAAUAAUUUAUGAUGCUGUGUAAAUGGUAAGUAGGAUUGUUAAGUUGUUUUUUUUGAUAAAAUUUCAAACAGUGUAAUACCUAAUGAUGACUUGCUGUUGGACAGUUUGUAAAAAUUUAAAACCACUUGUUUUUGUUCACCAUGACGACUGUGCCAAACUGUCAACUUAAUUAGAUGGACAAUUUUAAAAUUGUAAAAAUAUUUUUUAUUUCAUUUUAAAUCUCUGAACAAUGACUUUUAGUGCUAAUUUAAUUAAAAAAUGAUUGAUGUUCAAGUAAUGAAAUGCAUGCAUGAUCAAAAUUGACACAGGACUUGAUUUUGGCCUGGACUGAAACAGCUCAGCCCCAGGACAUCAUUAAAGAUCAUGGAUAUUUGAUAUUCGUUAACUUAAAUUGUAACACAUUAAAUAGAAAAUGUGUUGGUCCUCUCUUAAAUUUACUAGUAGUAGAAUUAUACCAUAAAUUCUUGCAGCAUUAAAUCCUAUUAAUUUUUUUGUUUUUUUUUGUUAUACAGUGGAACAUGUAAAAAAUCAGUAAUUUUUCUGUAGCAUUAUAUUUAAGAAAAAUUCUCUUGUCAAUGAUAAUGUUUAAGUUAUGAAAGGUAGAUUCUUAGUUUUUUUUAAACUUAUAUAUCCUAUUCUGGUUGUGGCUUUUAACGUCCAUGCUACUAGUCGUUAAUUUAUUCUCUCUCUCUUUUAAUUUAUAUGAUCAUAUAGCUAAUGAAUUUUGCAAAAAGCAUUGAAUAUUCAGUAAAGUGCUACCGACAAGAAAACAAAUCAAAAUACAUUUUUUUUGCAAGUGAUAAUUUGAAAAAAAAACCCAACUGAAUUUACACCAUCAACUGUGCAUCAAGACAUUGUAUUCCCUAUAGUUAUGAUAAGCUUUCAUUAAAAAUAUUAUAUCAUGAAAAUAUGUAUAUUUUGACAUUUUUCAUAAUCUUACCUUUAAGUGUACAUAUUAUAAAAGAUGAUAGAUUCUACCUGUAUUUAUGAUGUAAAUACAAUGAUAAUUAUGGUUAAUUUACCUAUAUGUCUAUAAAUAGACAGUGUCAAUUAUGGUAAUUUUACCGAUGCAUCUAUAAAUAGACGAUAUUAAUCAUAAUAAUUUUACCUGUAUGUCUAUAAAUAGAUGACAUUACUGAUUGACUUUAAUGUUUAAAACCAAAUCUGUGAUACAAUCGGUGAGUGCUAAAUAUAUUUGCACUUUUAUUUGAUAAUGUUUAAUUUCAUUUUUAAUUUCUUUUGAUAUUAGAUUUGUAUCUUUUAGUUGAAUUUUUCUAUUUUUUUUUAAUUUUUUAUCAUUCAUUUUAAUAUAUAUUUAUAUGAAUAUGUCUGUUUUUUUAUACCAAGGCUUUUUUGAGGUAAAACUCAUUGACUGGAGGAUAGCUGCAUCAGGGACCUACUAUUGGUAUACAUCCCUGUAGGCAAGAAGGUCAAAUUUUACAACUUUUUCAUCCGUCCAAAUAAAUCCAAAUGACUCUGUGCAUCUGAAAUAUCUCAACACUCGUACAUUUCUAGUGGAGUAUUUUCAGAACCAACAACUUAAAUAUAUUGU